AUAUGCAGAUUUCUUCCAACCAGCACUGGCUAAAGAGAAGAGCCUUUGUAUGUUUGUUUUCAGUGAAAAUGUUGGUUAUAGGACAUUGUCGUGGAAACACAAAAAUUUUGGCGGUACACGACUCACUGGAACCCAAACCCAGUCCAGACUCUGUCGUUCUCAUUAGCUCACAUUGUAAAAGAGUGAAGUAAAAUUUUACCACAGUUUAUAUUCACUAAAGCUUUAUAUUGAUGACUUUUCACUUUAAGGUAUCUCUCUAAAGCCAAGCCUGAGUCACAAAAAGGGAAAGAGGCCACACCCAAGCUACUGCUGUUCUCUUAGUGGUCCUUGUGCUGAUGAUGUCAUCACCACUGUUCAGUCGGACAACCUGAGCUUGUCCACACCACAUCUGACCAUACAUCAGCACAGAGCAGAAGGGAGAACGAUGAGCUCUUUUACACCAUGUCUUGCCAUGAUCCUACUGACUGUACUUACAAACAUCAGCACUGCACAAAACGCUUCUUGUCCACUGUAUAUAAACAUUUCUGAGCCCUGGCGCAAUGUUGGCUUUUGUUCCACCACUUGUAAUAAGAGUGACAGUAAGCUGACGGAGGGAUGGUACCGCUUCAUUGGUAUAAGUGGAGACCAGGUAGUCACUUCCUGCGCAAAUACCCUAAAUAACACAGAUGGAACUGUCACAAACUUACUCGUAUGUAAUGCAAGCACCACAGAUUUUUAUACCUGCAGCAAAGGAUUCACUGUCUUCUACCUCCGACCUUCCAAAGGAAUUUAUGCCACACGUCAUUCAUACUGUAGUAAUUCUUCCUGUGGACCGAAUGCUUUUUGUGGUACUGUUUAUGGCAGCUGUGUGUGUAAACCUGGCUUCACAAUGUCAACAGAUGACAACACAUAUGGAUGCUCAGUUCUCACAAUGCCUAAAGAUUGCCAGGAGACAGCAGCAUGUGCAGAGAAUUUUCUGAACAAUCUUGACCAACUCCUAAACAAUUCAGGCCCACUAGAACAGAAGACUGUGGAACUUUAUUUGGUCUCAGUAAUGAACGUUACAUCUGUCAUUGAAAAUUUUAAUGACAGUUUGCUAAUCUCCCUCGGAAAUAAAGUACUGGCUGUCACUGAGAGACUGGUGUCUUCACUAGUGACACCAACAGAGACCCAGAACACAACAAGCAUAAAUCUCAGCGAUUUGGAGGCUCGUGUAUUUUCAGUUGGAAAAAUGACUUCUUUGACUGAAAUUCCCCCUCUCGUCACGAGCAAUUCUUCUUUGAGUAUUGAUCUCAUUGGGAUUUCCAAGAAAAACAAUGGAUCAGCUGCUGUGGUAUUUGUGAGCUACAGCAACAUGGCCAACAUCCUGAAACCUAGCUUCUUCAGCCUAAUGUCAAACACAAAUAAAACAAUGAUGUCCACUGUAGUGUCAGCAACACUUCCUAUGACCUCCAGCAAGAGCCUCACCAAACCAGUUCAGUUUGCCUUCAAAUAUACUGAAACAUUAGGUCAGUCUGCAAACCUCUUUUGUGUGUACUGGAAGGAGACUGAAUGGGUUAAAGAUGGUUGUACGGUCAAAGACAAAAAUAGCACUCACACAGUGUGCUCCUGCACUCACCUGUCCACCUUCGCCCUCAUUAUGCAGACUGACCCGGACAAGGGUGAUGAUGAUGAGAUCAUAGAGCUCAUUAACACAGUGGGUGUGUCCGUGGGGUUGUUGUUCCUCUUCUUGACUAUAUUGACUCUUGCUGUCUGCCAGCGAGGCCCCAAAGUGACCAACGUGGCUUUGCUCAACCUGUCUAUAAGCUUAUUUUUUGCUCACCUGGUUUUCCUGCUCACACAACAGUACCAGGAGAAUGUAAAACAGUCUCAGUUCUCUCAGUUGUGUGAAGUGUUGGCUGGUGUCACACACUUCUUAUUUUUAUCAGCGUUUGUGUGGAUGUUCACUGAGGCGGUUUUGCUGUACAUCUGUGUGAAGAACCUUUCACGGAUCAGCUCGAAGCAGGUGGACGUGCUUAACUGGAAAUGCAUGAUUGUGAUUGGAUACAUCAUCCCCCUGGUAUUGGUAGGCGUGACUUCUGGACUGUAUCCUGAUGCCUACAGUAUAGAUCAUUGCUGGCUUAAGGGUGGUGUCAUCUGGGCAUUUCUGGGUCCUGUGUGUGGCAUUAUUGCUAUCAACUUUCUCCUUUCUUGUGUGAUCAUCGCAAUUCUCCACUGCUCUUUGUCUAGCCUGGAUAAAUCCGUUUCCCACCUAAAACACACCCGGACUCUUGUGUUAAAAACCCUGCUCCAGUUUGUCAUUCUUGGCUGCCCCUGGGCUUUAGGCUUCUUCACUGAGCAAAACAACAUGAUAAAGAUCAUCUUCCUCUUCUUAAAUUCGCAGCAGGGAACCUUCAUCUUCAUCGUUCAUUGUGUCCUCAACCAAGAGAUCAGACACCAGUACAGGAAGUGGUGGGAUGACCUUUACCACUGCUCCAAGUACAAGGCCAUGUCAGAAGACCACAACAGAGCUUCACAUUCACACGCAAAUUAACAUGAAACAAUGUUAAUGUCUUGUUUAAAGGACAAAGACAAGGCCUCUCACCUGUCAGAGUGACAACAGCUAGAGUUGAACACUCAUUAGUGUGGUUAACACCCCAUUUCUUUUCAAUACACAUGUUUUUUUUGUUUUGUUUUUUUAUCAAUGAUUUCCUCUUUGCGUGUUUUACAAGGAUAUUUAAACUUACAUUCAUAUCCAUGAUAAUCUGAAUUAUAUAAUAACAGAAUAUCAUAUCAUCACUUAUUACUGUAAUUAAUAAAAGCAGAAGAAUUGAACCAGGUGGGAAAUUUGUUUUUAAAGUGAUGACAUCUUUUUUUUUCUUUUUUCAUGAGAGUAUAGUUUUAUUCUAACUACACAAUAUGCACACAUUAUUUUACUAACUGGUAUUUGGAGAUAUUUUAAUAAGAAUAACUAUUACUUCUGUGUUGUUUUUUGUACACUGAAAAAAAACGAUUUGUUGGCUCAACAACCCUUACGUAUAAAGAUAAAUAGAUUAAACUAAAAAAACGUACAGUUCAUAACAUUCUUUGCUCUAUUUAACAUACAUUAGUGCAUUAGUACAUUAGUUUCAUGUGUAACAUGAAAAUAUAAAUUACAAGGUGAACUUAAAUGUAUGCAUAAAGUGAAUGAGAAAAUGUAAGUCACGUCAACUACCAUUACAAUUUUGUUAAAAUUAAGUAAACCUAACAUAAAAUUUGCCUAUGAGCGACAUGAUAUGCAAAUAUUCUUCCGCUAAGGAACAGGAGCCAUUUUCUGAAGCGCAACGUGAAGACGGUGAAAACUCUGUCAGGUAAGCUGUCUUUUACAAUAAUAAACAAAGUAAAAUAUUGAAAUAUGACUUUUUAACAUUCAUUAAACAUUCUAUUGCAUUACUGGGGUGUAUUCCUAAACUAGAGCAAUUUUCUCCUGCGCAAUGUGGUGAAGACUGAAGAGAUACAAGCUUAGCUUUAUAUAAACGAAGCAAAAAGUAGAGUUUGACUUUUUACCAUUCAAACUGGAGCUAUUUUCUGAAGUACUGUACGACGUAAAGGCAGUGAAAACUUUGUCAGUUCUAUGCAGUAUUGCAAACAAUUAUAGUGCAAAUUAUAGUGGAACAAAAUUAUUGGAGGACAUGUGCGAACCAGCACUAUUACGGGUGAUUCCUGAUCAACACUCCAUUCACAAACUUCACCUGCCCUCUGGAAUUUCAGAUACCUGUGUGAAGUUGGAGUCAGUAGUUAGAGAGACAUUUCAGAUACAAGGGAACUUUACUCUUCAUUACAAAGAUGCUGAUUUUGGAGAGUUCUUUUCUCUGACUUCAACAUCUGAACUUAAAGAUAAAGACACUAUCAAGGUAGUGCAAGUUUUUAUAAAUUUAGCAACAGUCAACAGUUUGGAGAGUGCUGCCCCAUCUACUUCUGAUGACUCUUCAGUUGCCUCUUCAGCUCCCUUAUCAUUUGGCUCAUCAGAUGACACACUAUUGCUCUCCUCUCCAGAGAGUUAUGGCCAAAGAUCACAGCCAUGGCCAACACAGUUUGAAAUUCCAGAGUUUGCCUAUGACACUGAGCUGGUUCUGAAGUCUGCUAAUGAUGAAUUCAAAAACAGUGGCACUCUUCUGAACAAUCCAUGUGUGAAGUCCGAUAUUCUGGAAAAAUUGGCAGAAUUUUCCAGUAUUGUGCAUAUCCAACCAGCCAGCAAAUUUGCACAGUUGCAGAGGCAUUAAUCCAAAAGCAUCCUUGCUUGAAGGAGCCUGGGUCAUUCUCUGGAUUCUAUGGAUGGCAAACAAGAUUGAAGUACAAGAUGAGAAACUAUCGGUCAUAACUGAGAAGUCUAGGUUGUCCAGAAUUUGCUGUGAACUCAGGCAAAAAUAAAAGACCUGCUGCUGUAAAAAAAAAAAACUCAGAAAGCCGAAUUGAACUACCCCCCACCACAUCCAUCAGGAGUAACUGUACAAAAUCUAGAACAAGAACGGGUGGAGCUCCUUGAAGAGGUCAAGAUAAGGGAUAACUGGAAAAAUAUUAAUCAGAAAAUGGGCAUAACAUUCUCCUACCAUCGCCAGGAGAUAGUGGAGAACAGUCCUUCUAUAGCAAGCAUUCAGCAAAGAUGGCCUGCCUUGUUCGACAUCUCUCAGGUCAAAGAAGAAUUCAGAAGCUUAACAGCUGUUGAGCUAGAAACAUCAUUCAUGGCAAACCUGGACAAAUACACAGAUGCACUCCUGUCUUUGUUUCGCACCAAGGGAGGAAAUGCUGGACAGCAAAUUUGUGAAAUUUUGAAUGUGCUGAAUCAGACCAGUGCUGUGGAAAAACGUAGAGAUGUUGUGAUUCGGUGUUUAAUUGUGUACCUCUCUGAAAACACCGAUAAUCUCAUCAGGCAUUACCAAGAUACUCAUGUGGACUUGGAUGAACUUGAACAGCACACACUGAGGAUUAUCACGAAAGGUGGCUCAAUGGAUGAUCCUUUAGAGACUGGGGUAGUGCUGGAAGGCAUAGAAGUGCUGACAGGGUUGGCAGGUGUUGCAAAGGCUUGUGCUUUGCCACUUGGCCUAAUAUACGCAAUUAAUCUGAGUUACCCCAAAGAACUAAGAUACACAUUUGAAUUCUUUCAAAAGAUUCUACUGGAGCUAGACAGUGGUAAGCUUUCUCCAAAGAUGCAUUCUCUGAACAAGCUUCUUUGUUGAAAUAAAAGAUUUCACUGUUGUUGUUUUGACUAUUACAACUACUACAACUCAAAAUAUGUUGUCAAAAGACAUGGUUCUAUGUUGUUAGUCUGCACUCAAUUUUGUGAAAAUUGUGUUUGUUGCAUGUUCCAGUAGUAAAUGUUAGAGAAAUAUUAAUCUUUCAUGCAAAGGUUGAAAAAAAUCAAGGAAAUGACUUGUGAACUUCCUUUUGUCAACUUUGUCACUUUCAGCAGUAUUAUAUUAUAAUUAAUUUUUGGUUUUCAGGCUGUUUAAUUUUCCAGAGUAUUGCAAACUCUGUCAAGAAAAAAAUUGCUUCAGUUUUGUAAUCUUCUGAAAAAACUUUAGUGAAUGAUGUUAUAUUUUCUUAUUAAGCUGUGCUCAAUUCAUUUGUAUACAAAAGUAUUGCAAGCUCUAUUUAAAAAUAAAGUAAAAUGUUUUAUUUUGUGCUAAUUUUAUGUUUUGUGUUUAUUUUAAGACACUGAAUGUUCUGGAGCAGGGCAGACCAGUAGGCAGACCAGUUUCAUUCAGUAGCUCUAAAUCCAAAAUAAAUAAAAUUUUUAUGUUGAUUCAGCUCAAUUAAUUAUCUUUUUUAAAAUGUAAAACAGCUUAAAUGUUGACACAACUUGAAUUUACUCGGUAAAUUCUAUUGAUGUUAGAUAUUUUUUUAAGUAAAGAAUGUUGAGUGAACUCAUAUUUAUGUACACAACAAAGGUUUUCUUGUUAAAUUUACAUAAAAUUGCUUCAAGUUGGAUUUACUUAAAAAGUGGGAUGCAAAAAUGGUGCAUGUGUAUUUUAAGUAAAUCCAACACAUCAUUUUUUCCAGUGUAGCUCUGUGGUUUAAUAAUAAUAAUUGUAAUGAUAAUACCCUUCAAGGUACAAACUUUUGCAUUUUCAUAAAUUUCCAUUACAUGUGUUUCUUUUUAAUAUAAAUUUGCAUUUGUUAAAAUGUACUGUUAAAUAUUUAAAAUGCUUUAUGCCAUAAAUAGGUAAAAAGAAUGAACAGUGAAUUUUUCCACUUCUGUUUUUCUUUGUUAUUGGUGUUAUGGUGGUGGCGGUGAAUUAGAGAAGUGAAAACAUUCAGUGAAUUAAAACCAACCUAAAUGUUAUGUCCAUCCACCAAGGUCAAAGAUAACAAGAAAACUUGAAACUAGUCUACUUUGAAAUGUUUGCCUAGGAGAGACAAAGACGCAGUAGAACUACCUUGUGUCUUCUUGUUGUGCUCAGUCUUGUCAUGGUGUAUGGCCUGUGACAUUAAACUGUCAUUCACAACAUCACCUUAAUAGCAGAAUUUGUUCCUCACCCAGGUUUAAGCUCCUAUACAGCUGUUUCUGUUUCAGUUAAUGACUGGGUUCCAACCUACAUGAAAUUGAUGAUCAUUAGCACCU